AAGGGAAAAAAUAAAAACACCAAGCGCCCCCGAACACAAACUCCGUAUUUGGUAAAGUCUAACUUUUAAUUAGUCCACCCAAAAUUUUCUACUUCGUAUUUUCCUAUCUAAGCCGCAGCCGCCCCUCCCCGCUGCACUUCUCCUCUCUCUACAACCAUGGCGACGGCCUCCGCUCCAACAACCUUCCGCACCUUCUCAUCCUCAAACCCCAAAAUCAACUCUCCCGCAAAACCCUCAAUUGUUCCUCAAACCCCUUCAUUUCUGAAACUGCGCGCCACCUAUUCGACGAAAUGCCGCACUCAAUUCCUCACCACCAAUUCACAAUCCAUCCGUCCACCGUCUUUAACACCGCUCAAAUCCACCCCUUCCGACGCCUCCUUCGAACCCGCCACCGCAUUCCACGGUCUAUGCUAUGUCGUCGGCGACAACAUCGACACUGACCAAAUCAUCCCUGCUGAGUACCUUACUUUGGUCCCUUCAAACCCUGAAGAAUACCAAAAACUUGGGUCAUUUGCCCUAAUUGGUUUACCCGGUUCGUACGAAGCUCGCUUCGUUGACAAAGAUGAAAUGAAAACAAAGUACUCAAUCAUCAUUGCUGGUGCCAAUUUCGGAUGUGGGUCAUCAAGAGAACAUGCCCCAGUUGCUUUAGGUGCUGCUGGAACAAAAGCAGUGGUGGCUGAAUCAUAUGCUAGAAUCUUCUUUAGGAAUUCUGUGUCAACUGGGGAAGUUUAUCCAUUGGAAUCAGAGGUUAGGAUUUGUGAAGAGUUUACUACUGGGGAUGUGGCUACUGUUGAGCUAGGUGAGAGCAAGUUGAUUAAUCAUACUACUGGAAAGGAGUAUGUUUUAAAGUCUAUUGGGGAUGCUGGCCCUGUUAUUGAUGCUGGUGGGAUUUUCGCUUAUGCCCGAAAGGCUGGGAUGAUUGCAGCUGCAACCUCUUGAGUUUUGAGUUUUGAGUUAUGUUGGGUUCUUUGAAGUGCAAAUCAGCUUGAAUUACAAGUUCAAACCAGUACUCACAAUCUCCACAAUUUGAUGUAAUCCAUAAAACAUGGGGCUGAUUAUUGUUGUGUAUUAGAUCUUUUGCAUUUGUUAAGGCUGUAAGAUUGUCAUAAAUCAGAUUAUGAUCAGUUUAAGUUAAUAACUGGUGCACUUGCUGUCUUUUUCUUUUUUUUUUAUAGUAAAAUGUCAAGUAUUUGGAAGUUACAUGCGGUCCUUGUAAAAUAGAAAUAUAACUUAUUUUAAGUCGAUAUAGUUCGAGUUUUGUAAUGACUUGAUUACAUAAUUACAAAAUAAUAAUGGUCAAAGUUUGGUCUUGAA